AUGGCGGGGGUAACGAUGGGGCUCAUCACCAUGCGCUGCGCAGCUCAGUACGGCCAGGACGUAUGGCUGUGGGAAGCGGCCCUCCACAUCACGAGCAGCGUCCGCAAGCAGGUCUACGGACACGUCCAACUUUUGGGGCUUUCAUACUUCGAGGGGGCCGGAGACACUGCGGCGGGAGACACGGCGUAUCGGUUGACGGCGGAGGCGGACCAAAUGGGAGCCAUGGUGUUUGCAUUUCUUCAGCGUCUCAUUCCGAGCGCUCUUCAGCUCGUCGCAAUGCUCGCCAAGAUGCUCGUGCUGAGCCCCUUCCUGAGCGGAGCCACGUUGGCGGUGGCGCCGCUGAUGUCACUCCUGAUCGCGCGCCUGGGGGACCGCGUGAGGCGCCUCUCGCGCAGCAGCCAAGACCAAGUCGCUGAACUGUCGGCGCAUGUCAACGAGAUCCUCCCGGCCAUGCUCGUUGUUAAGGCGCAUGCGGCGGAGGGCUACGAGCUCGCGCGCUUUGCUGAUCUGGCGGAUGCGCAUCGCACGGGGCGCAUGGCGUUCCAGAGGCAGCAGGCGCUCUUCUCCCCCGCAAUCACGCUCGUUUACGCGGCGACGGUGGUGUCCCUUUUCGCGGCAGGCACGAAGGCGAUCGCGCACGGCCGCUUCUCCGGCGAGAAGAUGGUCGCGUUUGUCGCCAGUCUAGUUCUCCUCAUCGAGCCCAUCCAAGCGGUGGGGAGCGCUUAUAACGAGAUCAAGCAAGGCCAGCCGGCCGUCGAGCGGGUGUUUGAGAUUCUCGACACCCCGCCAGAGGCAAGCCACGCGACGGGACCCUCGUCCGAAAGCGAUUCCAUACCGGUCGGCGAUAUCGUUUUCGACUCCGUUAGCUUCUGCUACCGAGACCGCCCGGUGCUUAGAGACGUGUCAUUUCGGAUCAGAGAAGGGGAAACGGUCGCUCUGGUAGGGCCGUCGGGGAGCGGAAAAACGACGCUCGUCAAGCUGUUACUGCGGUUAUACGAGCCGGAUACGGGUUCCAUACGCAUCGGGAACCGCCCGAUCAAAGACAUUCCUCUCCGCACCUGGCGGCGGCACCUUGGCUUUGUCCCCCAAGAUAGCGUCCUCUUUUCCGGCACCGUUGCGGAGAACAUAGCUUAUGGCGUGGCGGCAAACGCUAUCGACCUCCGGAGGGUCGAGCGCGCCGCCCGGCGUGCGCAUGCGGACGAGUUUGUGAGGGGGUUAAGCGGGGGUUAUGCGGCGGUUAUCGGGGAGAGGGGGUCGACUUUGAGCGGAGGGCAGAAGCAAAGAUUAGCGGUCGCCCGCGCAAUAUAUCACGAGCCCACGUGUCUCAUCCUGGACGAGGCCACGUCAGCGCUGGACAAUGAGUCCGAGGUACUCGUCCGAGAUGCGCUGCAAACGCUUAUGGCCGAAAAGACGGUGAUAGUCAUUGCCCACAAGCUCGAGACCGUCCAAAGCGCGGACAGGAUUUUGUUCAUGGAGCAAGGGCGUAUUGUCGAAGAGGGGGCGCAUUUGGAGUUGCUGGAACGUGGGGGAAGGUAUGCUAGCUUCUACAAAACGCAGCAGACGGAUGACCGGCCUGUCGAAAGCUUACCACCGAAAAGAUAGUUGGUGGAGGUGGAAAUAUAGAACAGUCAAAAUGUUUCUUGAAGACGGUCGGGCGGCGUCCAAGUAACUCAUUACCUUCCUCAGGGUGUUGUCCAAGCGAUCGCGCCUGGUGAAGUAUAACAAUUGAAAAGAAUCUUACCAUGGAUAAAGCAUGACUCUUGUGAUAAGCUCGUUACGGUAGAAGUGCCGCCUU